AUGUCCGUGAUAGAACCACAUCAAUUCAAAGAAUCCGGAUUGCAUGCGGGGUUGCAGAAUGAAUCGUCGUCUCCCCAAUCUCCGCCGCCCCCAACUGAUCCGGCAGAUGGCGAAGCCAAACUCCGUCAGAAGAUCGACCUGGCCAUCGUCCCUCUCGCGACUCUCAUGUUUCUCUUCUGCUUUAUCGAUCGCGCAAACAUCGGAAACGCCAGGCUCGCCAGUUUCGAGUCGGACCUCGGGCUCAAGGGCAACGACUUCAAUUCGGUCAACAGCAUCUUCUUCAUCCCCUACAUUCUUCUAGAAGUUCAGAUAAACAUCCUUUGCAAGCGUGUCGGCCCUGGCUGGUUCCUCCCAACCAUCACAAUCCUCUUCGGCCUCAUCACCAUCGCGAGCUCAUGGGUCAACAGCUACGCACAGCUGGCGGUGUGCCGUUUUCUGCUGGGUUUGGCUGAGGCAGGGCUAAUGCCAGGUCUGUCGUAUUAUCUGUCAAGAUGGUAUCGCAGGUCUGAGCUAAUCUUUCGCUUGUCCAUGUAUAUUUCGGCAGCGCCACUCUCUGGGGCCGUUGGAGGAUUGUUGGCUUCGGGCAUCCUCAGGAUCCCCGGGUUUGGCAGCUUUCCCGCUGGAUCUUGGCGCACCAUUUUUGCGGUCGAGGGUAUGAUUACGGUGCUGAUUGGCAUCGCCGCCAUGAUUUUCUUGGCAGAUCGUCCCGAGACAGCUCGAUUUUUGAAUGCGGAGGAGAAGUCUCUCGCAAUCUCUCGAGUAAGAUGUGAGAGAAUCGGGGGCGACGAAGUCCUCGAUAGCCUGAACCUCAAAAAGCUCUGGAAGGGCGUUGCAAACCCAGUGGUCCUGGCCACCGCAGUCACAUUCCUGCUGGAGACCAUCACCGUGCAGGGUCUGACAUUCUUCGCCCCAACAAUCGUCCGCACCAUCUUCCCCCAAGCCAGCGUGAUCCAGCAGCAGCUUUUAACGGUACCGCCGUACAUCCUCGGCUUCAUCUGCAUCCUGGCCGUGUGCUACGCCAGCUGGAAGCGUCAGACACGGCAAAUAUUCAUCAUCGUCAGCGCCCCACCCAUCAUGAUCGGCUACGUAAUCUUCCUCGCUACGGUGGAACCGGUCCCGCGCUAUGUCGCGACGUUCCUCAUCGCCAGCUCCGUCUUCACCGUGGGCCCGCUCUGCCACGCGCAGGCGGCGGCCAACGUCAACAGCGACUCGGCCCGCAGCAUGUCGAUCGCGGUGACGAUGCUUUUUGGAAACGUGGCCAGCCUCAUAUCGACGUGGAGUUUCCAGUCUUGGGAUGGGCCCGUGUAUCGCAUUGGCAAUGGGUUGAACUUUGCCACCUCAACUACCAUGAUGUUGGUGGCUAUCAUGGCCUUGAUUUGGAUGCGGAGGGAUAACAGAGCGCGCGACGCUAGGGGAACGAGAGAUGAGCUGCGAGGCUUGUCGUCGGAGCAGGAGCAGGAGUUGGAGUGGAAUCACCGGGAUUUCCGAUGGUCUCCUUAG